GUAGCGCUGCUCUUUGCUAGGGCUGUGGCGCCAAUUCGGGAUAGCCUAGCUCACCACUGGUGUACUGAUGAGGAUGGGGCUAUUCCGCGCGGAACCUUCUCAGGCUUCAUGAAACGCCGCCGCUUCGAAGACAUUAUGAAGUUCCUGCACUUCAACAACAAUGAGGACGCUGGGGCCCACGCUGACAAGGCAUGGAAAAUUCGACCGGUGCUGCAAGCAGUCGAGAAAACGUUUCGUCGUGGAUAUCGGCUGGGGAAGGUCAUCUCGUUCGACGAAGGAAUGAUGCCGAAUCGCAGCAAGUUCAACCCCAUGCGCAUUUUCAUGCCGGACAAGCCCAGCAAGUACGGCACGAAGUUCUACAUGACGUGCUGUCCUGAAACCGCAUACUAG